AUGCUUCUGCGACUCCCGCCCACGCUUCAUUACCCCAUCACCGUCAAAUCGCUGCUCAAGCGCCCAGGCGAUUCGGUCGAGCGGGGUGAUCAUUUGUUCUGGUAUGUCUACAGGACGACUGUGAUCGAGGGCGAUGGCUUGGGCAAUGAUAUCGAGGUCCAGAAGGAGUUUCCCAUCAAAUUCGAGUCGAGCGUUGAUGGUACAGUAGUGGAGUGGAAGAUAUCCAAGGGAGACAUUAUCGAUGAACCGGUAAACGUUGUGGAGAUUGACGAGCCAUGUGCUCACGAGGUUCAAUUUGGAGGCAUGUGUGCGGAGUGCGGGAAAGAUAUGACAGCUGCGAAUUACAAUACCGAUGUCAUGGACGCAAUGCGAGCGCCGAUUCAGAUGGUCCACGACAAUACCGCGCUUACAGUCAGUCAAAGGGAAGCUACGCGAGUGGAAGAAGACGCAAAGCGCCGGCUGUUGGCGUCGAAACGUUUGUCAUUAGUAGUGGACUUGGACCAGACCAUCAUCCACGCGACGGUGGACCCGACAGUUGGGGAGUGGAAGGAGGAUAAGAAUAAUCCGAACCAUGACGCUGUCAAGGAUGUGCGCGCAUUUCAGCUUACUGAUGAUGGGCCUGGCAUGCGCGGAUGCUGGUAUUACAUUAAACUUCGGCCUGGGCUAGAAAGUUUCCUGCAGAACAUAUCCGAACUCUAUGAGCUACAUAUCUACACCAUGGGUACGAGAGCAUAUGCGCAACAUAUCGCGAACAUUAUUGAUCCCGAUCGAAAACUCUUCGGUGAUCGCAUUCUUAGCCGUGACGAAAGCGGCAGUCUUACCGCAAAAAAUCUACAGCGUCUGUUUCCUGUUGACACAAAAAUGGUGGUGAUAAUUGACGACCGUGGUGAUGUCUGGAAGUGGAACCCGAACCUGAUCAAAGUAUCGCCAUACGAUUUCUUCGUAGGCAUUGGCGAUAUCAAUUCGAGCUUUUUGCCAAAGAAGCAGGAGUUGGCGCCAGGGAAAACAAAGGGUGAAAAGCCAGCUGUAACUGCUCCUAGUGGACAUCAUGUCAAUGGAAUUACCCAAGCGAAAGAAGCUGGAAUGGAAGUCUCGGCGCUGGAACAACUUCUCACGAUGGGCGGAGGUGAUAAUCCGACCAUGCUUCAAGAGCAAGCCACGCAACAGGAAGAGACAAUCAUGCAUCAAGUGGAAGACAGACCGUUGCUACAGAAGCAAAAGGAACUCGAUGCGGAAGAUGAUGCCUCAGAGUCACAAGCAGGCGCCGAUAGCGAGACUUCCACAUCAAGUAUGGAAGAUUCCCAGGAUACUACACGGCAGAGGCAUCACUUGCUGGAAGAUCACGAUCAAGAAUUGUUUCAUUUACAAGACCGGCUAGAAAAAGUGCAUUCGGAAUUCUUCGACGAGUAUGAACGGCGUCGAAGGAGGAACCUUGAGAAAGGACGGAUUUCUACUCUUCGAGGCGAGAAGACGAUCCGGGAUCGGGAUAUUGACCUGGAAUUACUACCUGAUGUCAAAGUUGUCAUGCCACAGAUCAAGGCCAAGGUUCUCGGAGGCGUUGUUCUCGUGUUUUCUGGUGUGCUACCUCUAGGAACCGAUUUACAGAAUGCGGACAUAUCCCUCUGGGCUAAAAGCUUCGGAGCUGUUAUCUCAUCGAGAAUUGGGUCCAAAACCACACAUUUGGUGGCAGGACGGAAUCGGACAGCUAAAGUAAGGGAGGCAACGAGGUAUCCUCGAAUCAAGAUUGUCACGACACAAUGGCUUUUGGACAGCUUGACAAACUGGAAACACAUGAAUGAGGAACCGUAUCUGAUUCCGGUUCAUCCGGAAGAUCGCGGCGAGCCUAUAUUGGGUAGUUCGCCCGGUUCUAAGAUCGAGAGUUCCUGGCUUUCUUCUUCGGACGAUGAUACGGGCGUGUCGUUUACAGAUGACGAGGAUGUCAAUGAAGAAAUCAUCAGAUCGUCCGGAAUGACCGAGCAUUCGCCGGUUGGAUACACCGCCGCGGAGCAAGCAGCGGUGCACGACGAGCUCAAGGAGUUUCUAGGAAGUGAUGAUGAUGAUGAUGAUGAUGAUGAUGAUGACAGCGACGACGAAGAAGAUGAGGAUUAUGUCGAUGACGGAGAGGAAGAUGAGGAUGCGGAUAACGAUAGUGAAGAAGAAGAAGAGCCAGCCGCUCUAGCAAGCCCGGAAUCUCGCAAACGUAAACGCGAAGGGGACGAGGAAACCGAAGGUGACGGCGAAGACGAAGGAUCGGGUACUUCGCAUCUUGCCCAGCGCCUCAAGAGAUCUGCAGGCGAUGAUGGUGAAGACACGUCGAAACAAGACAGUAUCACUACCACCGCAGCCAGAGAUGAAGACGACGGCAGUUACAAUCAGAGCAGCUACACAGAGAAUGCAGAUUACGACGAAGAUGAACUAGAGAGGGAGAUGCUCGAAGCGUUUGAGAACGGAGAUUACGAUGACAAUGCCGAAGAUGCAAUUGGAGAAGAUAACGGUUGA